AUGGCGGACAACGAUGGCGACAGCCGGAUGGCCUCCUCCCCCGAACUCACAGACACGGAAGAAGUCGAGACACCUCUCGACCAGAUCACCAACUCGUCCAUCCUCUCACCACCAGACUCACAACACCGCGAACCCAGCAGCAACAUGCCCACCUCUGCUCCCGGUGUGGCACGCGCCAACGCCAACGGCAAACGCCCGCUCAACACUAUCAGUAAUGGCGAGCACGAAGUCAUCGACGUCGACGCACCCAUGAACACCACCACUACGACGGCAAGUGCAAACGCCAAUGCAGGGAAGGCACGAGCAGGGCAGGAGUUCGCCACCCACACACAUCAGGCGAGUGGGUAUAGCUGGAAUCGCGCGGAGGACGAGCCGGGGUAUGCGUGGUUGAACAAGAAGGCCAUGGAUGAAAGGUCGCGCGCGUGGGCGGAUAUGGUGCAUCAGGAUUGCGUGGUUGGGAACCGCUAUGGUGAUCCCUUCGAGAUGGCGGAGCGUGAGCAGGCAAUGCUCAAUAGCUUGAAGCAGCGGUGA